CUAUCCCACCCAGUCAAAGUGUCUCACUGGUGCUCCAACACACACACACACACAUGCAGAGAUACACGAAACCACACACACACACUCAGACAUACUGCAAACUCUCCACAGGAAACUCUGAGCCAUAAUGCGAAGGCACCUCAGAGCAGACGGGUGCAUUGCUCAAACCAAGUGGGAUACGGUGCGGCUUUGAUAGUGCGUUAAUUACUCAUGUGAUGUGAUACAGAUGUCUGGGGGCUUCAGCCGAAAGUUUGCCUGACGGUUUCCAAGGGGGCCAGGCAGACAUUUUAGAAGCGUGAUAUAUCGGGACCGUCUUUCAAUCAGUGAAAUCAAAGCACCCAAUGUGUUCCAUAAUGGGCACCCCAGCUGUGCAUAUGUUGGUGCUAAUGGCCUGUAUGGCAGCCAGAGGAAUGUGCCAGAUAAACAGAGACGAAGCAGAGGAGGACUCUCUCGUCCACUCCACCCUCCAGUCUCCGGCUUUCUACAGCACCGUCAUUCCCAGCACGGGGUCCGGCCUCCACCUGGGGGCCCCGAGGGCCGACGCACAAGCUGUGGGAUCUGGAAAUGAUACUGUCGUAAAGAGGCGGGUACGACCGCCGAUGUGCGAUUCAGAAACCUCCAUUAACAACUAUUUUAAGUACAUCAACACCAUAAUUUCCAUUAUAGUGUUUGUGGUCGGCCUGGUCGGCAACGCCACCCUGCUGAGGAUCAUAUACCAGCACAAGACCAUGAGGAACGGGCCCAACGCCCUCAUCGCCAGUCUGGCACUGGGGGACCUUAUGUACAUACUCACUGAUAUACCCAUCAAUGUGUACAAGCUCUUGGCGUCUCGCUUCCCAUUUGACGACAGUGUUGUUGGCCUGUGUCUGUGUAAGCUGGUGCCCUUCCUGCAGAAAGCCUCUGUGGGCAUCACCGUCCUCAACCUGUGUGCCCUCAGCGUGGACAGAUACAGAGCCGUGGCGUCCUGGAGCAGAGUUCAGGGAGUGGGCAUCCCUCUGCUCACAGUCGUGGAGAUUGUGUCUAUUUGGUUGCUGUCUUUCUUCCUGGCGGUACCGGAGGCUAUCGGCUUCGACAUGUACACCUUCGAGCGCAGAAACCAAACCUACCGCACCUGCAUGCUUGUCCCCAAGACUGACUUCAUGGUGUUCUAUACGAAUGCAAAGGACUGGUGGCUGUUUGGCUUAUACUUCUGUGUGCCGCUGAUCUGCACCGCCGUGUUCUACACUCUGAUGAGCUGCGAGAUGCUCAACCACAGGAACGGCAGCCUCCGGAUAGCCCUCAGUGAGCACCUCAAACAGAGGAGGGAGGUGGCCAAAGCCGUCUUCUGCCUCGUCCUGAUCUUUGCCCUCUGCUGGUUCCCACUGCACCUCAGCAGGAUCCUUAAGAAGUUGGUUUACCAACAGGGCGAUAAGAGGCGCUGUGAGCUGUUGAGCUUCAUGUUGGUUCUGAAUUACCUCAGCAUCAACCUUGUAACAAUCAACUCCUGCAUAAACCCCAUUAUCCUCUACUUUGUCAGCAAGAAGUUUAAAAACUGCUUCAAGUCGUGUUUGUGCUGCUGGUGUUACUCUGACAACCAGCUGAGCAGCAUCGGACCCAUGAAUGGUACCAGUAUCCAGUGUAAAAGCCCCGAGCCCAACAACAUCCACACUGAUCGCAGCAUCAGGAAAGACAGCGACUGAUCUCUCACCUGAGGACUAUUUUCAAGCUCUUCCAUAUACCCAGCGGCUUUUAAAACACAACAAAUGCACACCCUGAUAUAUAUAUAUAUACACACAUCAACAAGUACUUUUUCAGACAAUAAAUGCACAUCCUUAGGACCACUGAAGCAACAAACGAGCCUGGCAGGGAUGGAUUAGGAACUGGAGAUAAAAGGAGCAAUGGAUGGAUUUGGAGCACAAUGCUCUGAAGUUGCCUGGAGCCCCUCAGCGGGCUAAACUUCCCAAGAUAAACUCCUUGUAUUCCCACACCCACGGACAGUGACGCUGUAGCGUGAGAGAAGAAGGGGAAGAGUGGGAUGAAGAGGAGGAAGAGGACUCUUUAACAGGAUGCAGCUGAACGGUAACUAUAAAUUACUCUCAAUCAGUAGCAAAGCGUGCUAUUCCUGUAAAGGGCAGCACUACUGGGAAGGAUGCACAAAGCUACAGGAAGGAAAAAGCAGACUGCUCGCUGUCAGAGGGAAUGAUGGGAGAUGAGUAUGUGCUGUCCCCAGGAGUUCGCUGCUCAUUGACGGUGGAAAACAGGAAAGCAUGUUACCGACUCGAACAACAAUUAAUUUUCCAUUAAACAUGCGAGUGGUUGCACAGCGUAUCUUACUCGCACUCAUUAUUCAUUGAGCUACAUUGUGGUAUAAUUAGAAGAACGGUUUGAAGUUCAUUUGCUUCCUACUGCUUGACAAAAAACUUUUCUGGUUCAUAAGGAAAGGAGGGAAAAUGUCUCUGAACAGAAAGAUGCAUACCUUCAUUGGAAAAAACACUAUUUCUGUUUAAUGUAACCACGAUCUACAGAUCGCCAAACUUCUGGUCGGUAAUCCAGAAAUGAUAGAUAUCACAACAGAAUCAAGUCCGGUGUCAGAAUAAGCCAAAGUACACUGGCAUAAAAUCAAGUACAGGGUUGUAGGUUUUAGAGCGGAUAAGGUACAACUCUGUAUUUUCAUAGCACAUGUCAAGCAAAUGAUAAAUAUGAUGUAAUGCAUUAUGACAGGUCUGAUAUCACCAUAGACCAAAAAUAGACAGGUAAUAGCUUUUUUUUCUAAACACUGUGAAUUUCAACAAAUAUAAUCAAACAAUAAUUGUGAUUUUUAUGCUUGUAUAACCAAUGGAAUAUGUAUAGUGUCCACUUUUAUAAAGUGUUAUAUUGCAGUAAUAA